AUGGCGAGCACCGAGGACAAACCCGCCAACAAGGAGAGCACGUCCAGCUGGAAGGACUCCUUCUACAACCCGAGGACCGGGGAGGUGCUGGGUCGCACGGGCAGCAGCUGGGGCCUCAUCCUGUUGUUCUACCUGGUUUUCUACUGUUUCUUGGCUGGCAUGUUCGCCCUGACCAUGUGGGUGCUGCUGCUCACUCUGGAUGACUACGUGCCGAAGUACCGAGACCGUGUUCCCUAUCCAGGGUUGGUGAUUCGUCCAAAUUCUCUGGAUUUAUCAUUCAACAAAUCUGACCCCCUCAAGUAUGUACAGUAUGUCAACCACCUGGAGUCUUUCCUGCAAAGAUAUAAUGAUUCACAGCAGGACAGCAACGAGGACUGCACCCGCGGAGAGUAUUUUCUGCAGGACGACACCGAGGACAUGACAAAGAAAGCUUGCCUCUUCAAGAGGGGCUUCCUGAGUCUCUGCUCCGGCCUCUCUGACAACAACUUUGGAUACUCUGACGGGAAACCCUGUGUGCUGCUGAAGAUGAACAGGAUAAUUGGCCUGAAGCCUGUUGGGAAUCCUUACAUCAGCUGCACAGUAAAAAAAGAGAGCCAUAUUCAAAUGCAGUAUUUCCCCAGUGAGGGGCGCAUUGAUAAGAUGUAUUUCCCAUACUAUGGCAAGAAAGCCCAUGAGAACUACGUUCAGCCUCUGGUGGCUGUGAAGCUGCUGCUCACCAAGGACGACUACAACAAGGAGCUGCCGGUGGAGUGCAAGGUAGAGGGCACUAACCUCCGCAACGACGACGAAAGGGAUAAGUUCCUGGGUCGCGUUACCUUCAGGAUCAAGGUGGUCGAGUAAAAGAGAAGACAGCCGGUAAAAGGAAACCAGAUGCAGAGGCUGCCAAGUUUGUUAAAA